AUGUCCAGCAGACUUAAGGUUGCGCCUCAAUCCAUCAAGAUAGGAGGUGAAACACCGCACAAGCGACAACAAUCAAUCACCAAUGCAAAGGCCAGUGGACUACCAGUUCCACAACAGACGUUCAAGGCAAUGAUACCAUAUACCAAUGAGCAUUUGACAACAGGUGAGAUCAUUCCCGAACCAGCAAAGAAAAAGGCCAAGACAAUCGCAUCCUCCACCAUCAUCGAUCAAACUCCCAAGACAAAGGUUGGUGGUUGUAAGAAAUUGGGAAGUGGCCGUCAAAGCCUUUGUGCCAAAGAUGGACGCAAGUGCAGCCAAAAGUGCGGGUGUGGUGGUGGCCUGUCUUGCCUGAUAGAUAGGGAUAAGAACGAUAACAAGUAG